AGUUUUGUAGUUGGGGUUAAAAUUAUAUUUUACUUCUUCUUCUCCAUCGUUAUUAUUCUUGCUUCUUCAUUCUCUGGCCAAAUCAUGAGUCUUGAAGAUUAAAGUGUCUAGAACUCAAGCGAGUGUGUGAAUGUUGUAAGGGUCGUGGUAGAUAGUAUUGGGCAUUUUCACAGCAAGCGAAGAUGAGCAUGUGGGAAAUUGUGAAGUUCAGUGUGAAAUGUGGAGGGUAUUGAGUGAAGAAUCAUAGAGGCUAUGUUGGUUAUAUUGGUGGUGAGGUGAGGACCAUCAACUGUAAACCGGAGGAGUUAUUUAACGCAUUGGCAGAAGAGUUUGGAGAAAGAUUAAAUGUACAGCGUGUGUGGUAUAAGCUCCCUAAUGAAGAGCAUAAGGAUAGGAAGAUAAUGAGCAAUGGUGAUCCAAUGUUUCUGAACAUGUGUGAAGCGGGUAAAUGGAGAGGAAUGAUUAAUAUAUUUCUUGUGAACACAACAGAGCAUUGUGAAGUUGAGGAGCAAGUGAUGCCAAGUGAAGAAGAGAUUAGAAUUGAAAAUAAUGUGGCUAGUUUUGUUGAUGAAGAUGAGAAUUUUGAUCAUCAUAAUACUCCUCCUAAUUCUGAUGAUGAAGACAAUGAGUCUUUUGUGAGAUUCAGACCAGGAAGCGGUGAGCUGGAGCUAAGACAAGUGUUUGAUACCAUAGAAGAGUUCAAAGAGGCAGUAUUGGAGUAUGCACUAAAAGGUGGAUGGAAUAUCAAGCUAAACAAAUGGGGGGAUAUCAAAUCAUCAGCUGUUUGUGGGACUAAAAAAGACUGCCCAUGGAGAAUAUAUUGUUCUUAUGAAGAACGAAUAGGGAAGUGGAUGGUGAAGACUUUUAGUGAUAAGCAUCGCUGUCAAAAAGAUGGAUACUGCAAGUUACUAAAAUCGGCUGUGAUUUGCAAGUUGUUCUUAAAUGAUAUCAGAACUGAUCCUGAACUAAAACCGAGGUUUAUUCAAGAUCAGAUUGAGCAGAGGUAUAACUUGAUAGCAACCAUAGACAAGUGCAAGAAGGGAAAGGCAAAAGCAAUUGAUAUCAUCAAUCAUGACCAUGAAGAACAGUUUUCUAGGCUCAAAGAUUACCGUUUGGCACUUCUUGAGACAAACCCUGAAUCAACCGUAAUCCUUGACACAAUUUUGAAUGAUGAUGGAGCCGAAAUAUUUCACAGGUUUUAUGUGUGUUUUGCAACCAUCCGAACUUUGUGGUCAAUGUGGUGUCGUCCUAUAUUUGGUGUAGAUGGCUGCUUCAUGAAGAGCACUCUAAAAGGACAGCUACUAGCUGCUGUGGGAAGAGAUGCCAAUAAUGGUAUGUACCCAAUCGCAUGGGCUGUGGUUGAUGUGGAAGAUGAGGACAAUUGGACAUGGUUCUUACAGAGGCUUAAGUUGGAUUUUAAUCUCCAAGAUGGUCAAAAUUAUACGCUGAUAUCUGAUCGACAAAAGGGUUUGUUGAAUGCUGUGGAAAGAAUCUUGCCUAACGUUGAGCAUAGAAUGUGUGCUCGCCAUAUAUAUGGGAACUUGAAGAAGCUCUUCCCCCGUCAACAUGAGAUAAAAACCCUGUUUUGGCGAGUUGCUGAAAGCUGCACAGUGAGAGAAUAUGAAGCAAAUCUGGAAGCUGUUAAGAGAUAUGAUUUGCGGCUUUAUGAAGCCAUAAUGGAGAAAAAUCCAAUGAACUGCAGCCUUGUCGCCAUGCCUUACGUAUCAUCACCGAGAAGAAGCUGGACUAUGAAGAUUAUAUAUCUUCUUUUUACCUCAAUUCAAGGCAGCAACAAAUUUACAGUGACUCUAUACGCCCUGUCAAUGGAAUGUGCUUUUGGGACAGAACCGGUGCUUCAGUUUUACUACCUCCAAGUUUGGUUGAGAAUACUGAGAACAACAGAGGAAGAAAGCCAAAGCCAAAGAGGAAAAAAGGAAGGAAUGAGUCGCCAACAAGGAAGAAGGUCAGUAGGGAUAAGAGAAUAAUGCAUUGUGGCAGAUGUGGAGUUGCUGGACACAAUGCAACCAAGUGUCCCAACAUUGGUGUUCCGAUCAAACAUAAAUAUGGAAGGAAGAAAGCUUCGACGGGAAGAGUAGAGGAACAUGACCCUAUUAGUGAAGACUUCGGAGAGGGCCCAAGUCAACAAACCCAAGACUAAUAUCAGGUUCUAGUAGAAGCUUAGGUUGGUUUUUGGUGGAGCUUCUUUUGGUUUAUAGUUGAGCUUUGAUUGAGCUUCUCAGUCGGUUUUUGGUGGAGCUUUGUUGGAGUUUCUUUCGGCUUUUGGUGGUACUUUUCAGUCAGUUUUUUGUCUUUGUUUUUUCUUAAUGAAUGUCUGUUUGAGUUAGUU